AUGCAUGUCCUUAUCUUGAUCAUCGAGCUCCUUCUGGCGCCCGUUGCAUUAGCUUUGGCUGCUCUACUGGUCAACAUCGUCCGGGGAGUCCUGUCUCGUAUCGCCAAGCAUGCAGCGCUACGCUCCAUUCAAGGGCCACCGCGCACGUCCCUUUUAGCCGGAAACCUACACGAGCUCUACGACGUCGGCGGCCUCCCGCACCUCGAAGCACUGACCGAUUAUGGGGGUGUCGCGAAGGUUCAUGGCCUGUUUGGAGACGUGCUGUUGGCAAUCUCAGAUCCGCUUGCGCUGACACACAUCCUGGUCACUGACGUCCAUGACUUCCCUGCUCUGGACUUGUCAGGGACUCUCGAUAUCAACUAUUUCCUCUUGGGCCCCGGGCUCCUCUCAACGAAUGGUCCCGAACAUCGCCGCCAGCGCAAGCUUAUGAACGCCCUCUUUUCGCAUGCACGCAUGCGGGAUCUUAUGCCGUUGAUGCUUGAGAUAUCGGGCCAGCUACGAGACUCCAUUCUCAGUGGAAUGACUGGGGAUGAAGCGAAACUUCCGCGCGGUCUUGACAUCGACAUGGCCGAAGAACUAGGGCGCGCUGCGCUUGAGUUCAUAGGGAGGGCAGGACUUGGACAUACAUUUCACGCGUUCGAGGGGACCGGAGAUAAGUAUGUUCAUGCCGUCAAAGACCUCAUCCCUACUUUCGCUGUCCUAGGCCCGUUCGUGCCCCUUUUCGUCAUGAGCGGUGCUUCCCGUCUGCCUCCAAGCUUACUUCGCGUGAUGGGCAAAGCGACCUCACUCAUCGUGCCACCUCUUCGUCAUCUACUGCAACUCGUGGAUCUGAUGAACGAUGAGAUGGGCGCCAUCUGCGAGGCGCUCAAGAUCUCGCACAAGGAAGGCCCACAUGAAGCGAUAAUGAGUGCUCUCGUCGAGGCAAACGAAGAAGGACAAAUAUCAGAUGAAGAGCUGACGGCGCAAGCCAUCACGCUCCUGAUAGCAGUGCAAGAUAAGCUACGUCGGGAGAUCACCCAGUCAGUGGCAUCCAGCGAUGUGCACACGGAGGAACCCGGCUACGACACUCUCAUGUCUCUACCGUACCUUGACUCGGUAUGCAAAGAGACGUUACGCUUGUUCGCCCCAACGCCUCUACGCAACCGUCGGUGCAUUAAGGACAGUGCUGUACCGCUCUUGGGCGGAAAGAAGGUAUAUGUACCUUCGGGGACCGAGAUCUUGGUCAACAUACACGGUCCGAAUACGGACGUCCACAUCUGGGGCACUGACGCAAAGGUAUGGAGGCCUGAGCGCUGGCUUGAGGCCUUGCUCCCCAGUGUAACGGAAGUCCCUGGUGUUUACUCAAAUAUUCUGUCAUUCUUGGCGGGCCCAAAGGCGUGCAUAGGUCUCAACUUUGCGCUUUUAGAGAUGAAGGUUGUACUUGCCACGCUCUUACCGGUCUUCCGCUUCGAGUUGCCGGUGGAUCAUGAGAUUGAAUGGAGGUUCGGGCAGACGAUAACGCCGAACGUCAAAGCAGAGAAUGGUUUGAACCCGCGUAUGCCUCUGCAUGUUGAAGCGCUAUAA